GAUUAAUUAGCAAACCAAUUAGCGAGGCCUGGCUUUAAUGAGCUCGCAAGCAGAAACAGAGAGCCCCGCCCGGCUCCGGAUCUCCCCCACCACGCGCUCUCCGGCCUCUCCCGCACGCGUCGGCAGGCACGUCCGGUCCAUGUAGCCCGCGCCCGGGCACGGAGCAAGAGCGACCGCGCGCGACCCCGCGGCUUGUCGGGACAUGGGGGCGGACGCCGGCGAGCCCAGCUCCAUCCUCAGCUUAGCUGCAGCGUUUUCCUAUGGAGUUGCGUCUAUGGCAAUGGUUUUUGUGAACAAAGCAGUUCUUAUGCAGUAUGUUCACUCCAUGACCCUGCUCACUUUACAGCAAAUAGCCACGAUGCUUCUGAUACAUUUUGGUCAAGUUCUAGGAAUGUCUAAACGAAAAGACUUCAACUUGACAACUGCAAAGAAGCUUCUUCCGGUGUCAAUUUUCUACAAUGCGAAUGUGGGAUUCGCUCUAGCAAGCUUGAAAGGAGUUAAUAUCCCUAUGUAUAUUGCAAUCAAGAGGAUCACUCCCCUUGCUGUGUUGGUGAGUGGGUGCAUACGGGGAAAAGGAAAGCCGCCAACACAGGUUACUCUUUCAGUUAUCUGCACCGCCACAGGUGUCCUUAUUGCAGCACUUGGAGAUUUUUCCUUUGACCUAUAUGGAUACUGCAUGGCUCUAACAUCAGUCUUCUUCCAGACAAUGUAUUUGGUUCUGGUGGAGAAAUCAGGUGCCGAGGAUGGUCUUUCUUCAGUGGAUUUGAUGUUUUACAACAGUAUAUUGUCACUUCCAUUUUUGUUUUUCCUCAUUAUAGCAACAGGAGAAUUCCCCCAUUCUCUUGCAGUAUUAUCUGCAAAGACAGGUUCUCUGUCAUUCAGUGUUAUUCUUGUCAUUUCUCUGGUGAUGGGAAUCAUUCUCAAUUUCACCAUGUUUUGGUGCACGAUUGUGAAUUCUGCCCUGACAACAACAAUAGUAGGAGUUCUCAAGGGUGUCGGAUCUACGACCCUGGGUUUUAUUCUGUUGGGAGGUGUGGAAGUACACGCUCUUAAUGUUACUGGACUGGUGAUCAACACAUUUGGAGGUGUCUGGUACUCCUAUGCCAAGUACAAGCAGAAAAAGAAAACACCACGAAAGCUGGUACCAGAUGUAGAGUCACAUGUCCACAAGUAGCGCUAGAUUCAGUAACUUUAUAAUUGUACCUGAGCUGAUAACGACUGGAACACCAGUUUAAGUCCGAUUUUCUCGGGCUCGGUUCACCACCAGCAAAUAGUUGGUUCAAGGGAAUAGAUGAGGUAGUUUCCUUAGUCUAUUUUUAGUGUAAAGUCCAUUUUCUGCCCUCGAAUUAUUAGUGUGAAAGUCUGAUUUGGCUCUCCAACUCUAAAACCAUAUAAAGGCACCCUCGAAGUAUGAAUAGCUUGCAUUUUUUUUA